UAAUAAAGAAACGAGCAGAGAGAAGGCAGCUGGUUUAGAGUAAAGUUCGAUCGAGAUGACGUACUGAGUGGGCGAAGAUUUCAGGAACAAAAUCCCUCUCUUCUUCUUUGGCUCUUUUAAUUCACUUGCGAUCUGCUUUCUUGUUCGGAAUCUGAAGAAAUUCCGACAAGAUGGAAGCAAAUGCGGGAUUGGUGGCUGGAUCUUACAAGAGGAAUGAGCUUGUUCGUAUUCGCCACGAUUCGGACAAUGGGCCUAAACCUCUGAAGAACUUAAACAGCCAAAUAUGUCAAAUAUGCGGCGACACAGUUGGCCUUACGGCCUCCGGUGAUAUCUUUGUCGCUUGCAACGAAUGCGCCUUUCCUGUUUGUCGUCCAUGUUACGAGUACGAGAGGAAAGACGGGAACCAAUCUUGCCCUCAGUGCAAGACUAGAUACAAGAGGCACAAAGGUAGUCCUCGAGUCGAUGGCGAUGAUGACGAGGAUGACGUGGAUGAUAUCGAGAACGAGUUUAAAUACACCCAAGGAAGUAGCAAGACAAAACAACAAUGGCAUGGGGAAGAUACUGAGCUAUCAACUUCUACAAGACAUGAAUCUCAACAGCCUAUACCACUCCUUACCAAUGGCCAAUCAGUUUCGGGUGAAAUUCCUUGUGCAACACCCGACAAUCAAUCAGUGCGAACGACAUCCGGUCCAUUGGGUCCUCCAGACAAGCAUUUGCACUCACAUCCUUACAUCGACCCUCGACAGCCAGUUCCUGUGAGAAUUGUUGACCCAUCAAAGGAUUUAAACUCUUAUGGCCUUGGGAAUGUUGAUUGGAAGGAAAGAGUGGAAGGUUGGAAAUUGAAACAAGAGAAGAACAUAAUGCAGAUGACAAGUAGAUACUCAGAAGGGAAGGGGGACUUGGAAGGCACUGGCUCCAAUGGAGAAGAACUUCAAAUGGCUGAUGAUGCUAGACAACCUCUAAGUCGUGUGGUUCCGAUUCCAUCUUCUCACUUGACCCCGUAUCGUGUCGUGAUCAUACUUCGACUUAUUAUUCUCGGCUUCUUCUUACAGUACCGUUUGACACACCCGGUGAAGGAUGCAUACCCCUUGUGGUUAACAUCAGUUAUUUGUGAAGUUUGGUUUGCACUAUCCUGGCUUUUGGAUCAGUUCCCGAAAUGGUCUCCGGUUAAUCGUGAAACUUUCCUUGAGCGACUCGCAUUAAGAUACGAUCGAGAAGGAGAACCGUCGCAGUUAGCUCCUGUUGAUGUUUUUGUUAGUACUGUGGAUCCUCUCAAAGAGCCUCCACUUGUCACGGCUAACACCGUGCUUUCCAUCCUUGCUGUGGACUACCCUGUCGACAAAGUCUCCUGCUAUGUGUCGGAUGAUGGUUCGGCAAUGCUUACGUUUGAAUCGCUCUCUGAAACUGCAGAGUUUGCAAGGAAGUGGGUGCCUUUUUGCAAGAAGCAUAGCAUUGAACCAAGGGCCCCAGAGUUUUAUUUUGCUCAAAAGAUAGAUUACUUGAAGGACAAGAUUAAACCUUCGUUCGUAAAAGAGCGUCGAGCGAUGAAGAGGGAAUAUGAAGAAUUCAAGAUUCGAAUCAAUGCACUUGUUGCCAAAGCACAAAAGAUGCCUGAGGAAGGUUGGACCAUGCAGGAUGGAACGCCAUGGCCAGGAAACAAUCCCAGGGAUCAUCCUGGAAUGAUACAGGUUUUCUUAGGCCACAGUGGAGGUCUCGAUACCGAUGGCAAUGAACUACCUAGACUUGUUUAUGUUUCUCGUGAGAAACGUCCCGGCUUCCAGCACCACAAAAAAGCUGGAGCUAUGAAUGCAUUGAUCCGAGUUUCUGCCGUGCUAACUAACGGAGCGUAUCUAUUGAAUGUCGAUUGUGAUCACUACUUUAACAACAGCAAAGCUCUGAAGGAAGCCAUGUGUUUCAUGAUGGACCCUGCUUAUGGGAAGAAAACAUGUUACGUACAGUUCCCACAACGUUUUGAUGGCAUUGAUUUGCACGAUCGAUAUGCCAAUCGUAACAUUGUCUUUUUCGACAUAAACUUGAAAGGGUUGGAUGGUCUCCAGGGUCCUGUCUAUGUCGGAACUGGUUGUUGUUUCAAUCGACAAGCUUUAUACGGUUACGAUCCAGUCCUGACCGAGGCAGAUUUGGAACCGAAUAUUAUCAUUAAGAGUUGUUGUGGUUCGAGAAAGAAGCAUCGGAAUAAGUACGUCGACAAGAAGAGGGCUGCAAAAAGGAAUGAGUCUACCAUUCCGAUCUUUAAUAUGGAAGAUAUUGAGGAAGGCGUUGAAGGAUAUGAUGAUGAGAGUUCACUCCUGAUGUCUCAGAAGCGUAUAGAAAAACGCUUCGGCCAAUCUCCGGUUUUCAUUGCAGCCACUUUCAUGGAACAGGGAGGUAUACCUCCUUCAACCAACCCUGCAACACUGCUAAAGGAAGCAAUUCAUGUCAUCAGUUGUGGUUAUGAAGACAAGACAGAAUGGGGCAAGGAGAUUGGGUGGAUCUAUGGUUCUGUGACAGAAGAUAUUUUAACGGGGUUUAAGAUGCAUGCUCGUGGUUGGAUUUCAAUAUAUUGUAUGCCUCCACGCCCGGCGUUCAAGGGAUCUGCUCCAAUCAAUCUUUCGGAUCGAUUGAACCAAGUGCUUCGAUGGGCUUUGGGUUCGAUAGAGAUUCUGCUCAGCAGGCAUUGUCCUAUCUGGUAUGGCUACAAUGGAAGGCUAAAGCUUUUGGAGAGAAUAGCAUACAUCAAUACCAUUGUCUACCCUAUCACCUCAAUUCCACUUCUUGCAUACUGUACGCUUCCAGCCUUCUGUCUUUUGACCGGAAAGUUCAUCAUUCCUGAGAUAAGCAACUUUGCCAGUAUGUGGUUCAUUCUCCUUUUCGUCUCCAUUUUUGCCACCGGUAUUCUCGAGCUUAGAUGGAGCGGGGUUAGUAUUGAAGACUGGUGGAGAAACGAACAAUUUUGGGUCAUUGGUGGUACUUCAGCUCAUCUGUUUGCUGUCUUCCAAGGUCUCUUAAAGGUUCUUGCUGGAAUCGAUACCAACUUCACCGUCACGUCGAAAGCCAGCGACGAUGAUGGGGAUUUUGCAGAGCUUUACGUGUUCAAAUGGACUUCCCUCCUCAUCCCUCCCACCACUGUCCUUAUUAUAAACAUGGUUGGCAUAGUGGCUGGUGUUUCAUAUGCCAUUAACAGUGGUUACCAAUCUUGGGGCCCUCUCUUUGGGAAGCUGUUCUUUGCAUUAUGGGUCAUUGUCCAUUUAUAUCCUUUCCUAAAGGGUUUAUUGGGGAGGCAAAACCGAACGCCAACCAUUGUCAUCGUCUGGUCGAUUCUCCUCGCUUCGAUAUUCUCCUUGCUUUGGGUGCGAAUCGAUCCGUUCACCUCUGCGUCGACGAAGGCUGCCAAUGGUCAAUGUGGUAUCAAUUGCUAGACAGAUUCAUCAUAGUUUUGCCCCUGAUUUUUCCUGUGAAUAUGACAAGAACAAAGAAACCAUGGCAUUGAAAAGAGCCAGGCUUAGGAAGAAGCAACCAAUUUGAAGAACAUGAGAAAUGAUGGCCUUUUUUCUCUACACCACAAUUUUUGUAUUCGCAUGUUAUGAUAUUAUUGUGAAAUCUCAUUUUUUUUAAUGAAAAUAAUAGAUAAAGGAAUUAUUUACAUCAGGAGAAAUUGUAUGAACAAACACUUUUUUUUAUACCUUUUUUUCAA